UUCACCGCCAAGAACUGGCAAACUUGCUUGAAGUUGAAGACAGCGCUUCUUCCUCCCAAUUUCAACUUCCAAGUUUCAAGUUCCACGGUUCCACCUCGAGGAAGAACGCAAUGUGCCCCCGGUGAGCCUGCAUGAGGCCAGUGAAGGGCUUUCUUGCUCGGGUCUCUUGCUCAGGUUUUGUCCUUGUUGUCUCAAAACGUUUUCAUCAUGCAGACCGCCGCAGCAAGAGUGCGCUGGCUAAAAUGGCAGCUAGGGGUCUUGGACAUGGCCCCCAGAAAAGCUCAUGGAGGAGGUUGUGCAGCUGCAGGCCACCGCACUUGCCGGUGCAAACGGCCAGUGUCAACCCAGGCUGCGGCGCCUAGCGAUCCCAGCAUUGACGCAACAGCACAAUCGACCAGCCCUCUAACCCCUCCGCCACGGCGCCCUUCAAGGCUACCGAGAGCAGAAGUUCUGACGGUCCGUGAAGCACGGCCAGAAGAGUAUUGGGAGAUCGCUGAUACUCAUUGUGGGGCGUUCUUUCCGGAAGUAAACCCGGUCCUCGGAGCGAUUCUGCGAUUGGACAGGGUCUUCAGCCUAGCAGGGUCCACCGGCGACCCCCGAGACUGUCGGAAGAUGGCGCUGGUCGCCCUCGAAUCGGGACCCCAGGUGCUGCGCGACGAGUCGUUUGCGUCAGAGUCCCUCUCGGACGUAGCCCCGCUGAGACCGUUUGUCGCAGUCGCUUCUGCGGGGCUCCCUUUCCCUGGCGAGCUGUUUGGGGGGAGCCAAGUGGGCGAGCGUGGAGUCAUUGGCACGUGCACGCUGGACCUCACGGGGGAGUUCCUGCCCCGUCGAAGACCCCGAGGUAAACGGAGGGUCGGCAUCGCAUACAUAUCCAACAUGGCAGUUAGGUUGCGGCGCCGGCGUCAGGGUGUGGCGCGCUUGUUAGUCCGAAGAGCGGAGGCGAUCGCCAAAAAUCUUGGUUGUCGAUCGAUGGCACUCCACGUGGAGGAAAAGAACGUGAGCGCGCGGGCUUUGUACGAGCGCGAAGGAUUUAGAUUGAUCAAAGUCCCAACCGGCGCCGUAUGGCCGCAACCGACGCCGCUUGAGGGGCACACGUUAGUCAUGAUGAUGAAGUGGCUUGGGCAUCCAAGUUCAGAACCGCCGACUUCAGAGAGCGGUUCUGCUUCGUGAGCAUUGUAUGCACUCUUGCAGCGACGCUUGAGCACAGCUAGCUGCCUCACAAAUUCUUUGUAGAACACAUAUUGAAGCGACACAGAGGCAUCGAUUGAAAGUAGGGUUACCAAGUAGAUGCGAGGUAAAGAUUUGCUGGCACGCGCCAGGACAUGCAUCCCGCUCAAGUUGGGGAUUGUACUCGUUUGAACACGUCAAGUAUACAAUCAUUCACAUAAAAUGUAACUAUCGAAAAGUGACGGUCAUCUGGCCGCGUGCAGCGAUCUAUCAAGGGCCG